CUCGGAUAUUAGUGGUGUCGGCAUCUUUGAGAUUAGCGGUGUCGGUCUCAACUUUAAGAUUAGCGGUGUAGGCAUCACUCGGAGAUUAGUGGUGUCGGCAUCUUUGAGAUUGGGCGAUGUGCUGCUCGAGCUCAGUGGAGCGAGUGGUAGUGCACAAACAGACGGACGGACGGGUAACGCCUCGGUGGACGAGGACCAAGGACAGUCGGCGAGGAGUACAGACAGGGGGGAACGCAGUCUGCUGACGACUGCAUAGUAAGGCGGCGUCUGAGUGCGUGCCGAGCCCAAAUGACUAAGUGGGCGACACUGGAUACUUACUGAACUGCGGCGGGUUCGAGUACAUUUCAUAGAGGACGUUAUCUGUAUUUGGGUUGUAAACGGACAGUAAUAAAGUAAGUGUGUGAUCAGUGGACCACACGCCGGCGCGGAGAGCAGAGUUGUUCAUCGUCGGCCAUCCGGAUCUUGGGCGCCAUCAGCACUGGGCGACCAACCCCGGCGUGCAGGGGAGCAAAUACACGUGA